GUUGCCACCAAGAUCACCUUCACAAGCAAGUAUAUUCCAAACUAGACAAUUGACUUUACAAUUGUCAGAAGAAAGAUCAUCUCAAAUUAAGAUAUCGGGACCAUUAAAUGAAAUAUCUGAUCAGCCUUCUCAACAUGUUGAGUUAAGUGAAAAUAAUGAAAAUCUUAUUGAUAUAGCAUUAUUUAUUCCAUAUAAAAAGAGAGAUACUGACCUAGCAGGUGAUGAUUUGGAUGCUACAUCUCAAGAAGCAAAUAAUGCUUUUAGAGAUAUUCUGGCCGCAUAUUUUCAGAAAAAGGAAAAAAUUGAGUCAGUUCUGGUUGACAUUUUUCUGUUAGCCUUGGAAAGUAUUGAAAAGAAGAUGGACAAGAGUUUUUCUGCCUUGUAUCAAGAGAUUGAAAAGGGUGAUUUGUUGGAUGAAAAAUGGCCUAAAUUUAGUUUGUCUAAGGCACAUAACCAACAUGAGUAUGAUUUCUUGGCUAAGGCUAGUAGGCAUUUAGAUAAAGCAAUUAAAGGGUUACUAGUUUUUUUUAGAAAGAAAUUUGCAGGAGUUUGGGAAGAUGUAAAGACACGUGCAGUAAUGCUAAGAUUAGCUAAUAAUAGGGGUUGGAGUGCUGCAUUACAAAUAUACCCAAGUUUAGUAGCUAGAACUACAAUAGUAGGUUUUGUAGCAACUAGCAUAAGAGAAAAAGGUUUUCUCCUCCUUCAUCAAACUCUGAGAAAGGAGAGUCUUAUAAGAGAAAUAAAAGAAAAAACAAAGGGUUUUAUUCCUUUCAUGGCAGAGAAAGAUAUAGCUUUGCAAGACAUCAAGAGGCAAUUACCUGCUUCAACUGUAGAGGUGUUGGUCACAUUGCCACAAGCUGCCCAUCCUUAG